UGAGAACAUGAGAGAAGGAAAUGAAUAAAAAAAUUUGAAUUUUGAAUAUAAAAAGUAGGUAAAUAUUAAUUUUUGUCCCAAAGUUGAUCUGGUCGAGGUGACCUUUUAUUUCACAUGCAUGAUGCAUAUGUAAAUAAAUGCAUUAAAAAAUCAUUCAAAUUUCAAUGCACAACAAAUCAGGCAGCACAGAUCUCAAUUUCUUCCUACCACUGCUCAAGUUUUUCCUUACUUUGUUAUGAACUAGAGCUCUUCUCACUUGUGAGAAAUUAAUUUCCAGCAGGGGGAAAAGUAAGUUGUGAUAGUGCAUUUACUUAAGUGUUGGCAUUGGAACAAAAAUAACAAAGGAUAAAAUCACGAAUCAAGCAACUCGGGGAGGUGGAAAUUAAGUACAUGGCUCAGAAGUGUUCGGAGUUGCAUGGUAGCAUUCACAAUCUGAUCAAGAAAGGGGAGGAUUCAGAUAGUGGGAUGAUUAGUCAACUGGACAAGGCUUCAAAGCGCCUACUUAGUGUAGCUUCAUUUCUCAGGCAAUUGGAGAGGGCUCAACGUAAGAACGCGAUAUCUGCACAACUAGAGGCACUAUUUGAAAAAGCUCUUGAAGGCUUUCCUGAGAAGGAUCCCUCCGUGUAUUACAAAACGAUCUCGAAGCUGCAGAAGAUUAUUAAAGCUUCAAAAUCAAAUAGUCAAAUGAUAUCUAAGGUUCUGGAAAUUAUUAAGCUGGAGAAUAUUGCUGAGCAAAUUAAAGCUUCAAAGCCAUCAAAAGUAUCUAUCCCAAUGGGGAAGAUCACUAAGAAGAUGGUGGGUUUUAUCGACACUUUGCUAGAAUAUCUACAGUAUCGUGACCUCUUCCCGUCUGUGCUUGACAGAAAGAUGAGAUAUCUACGAGUCUUCUUAUCUUCAACUGCAAAGCUGUGCAUUGAGCAUGAGAAUAUGAUUGAUCUCUUCACCCAUAUUGAGGAUGUAGCAUACACUGCAGCACACCUAUAUUUCUUAGGGCUAGCGUACAACAUGGAAGACCGAAACCAGCCACGUGUGUUGGAUCAUGAAUUUUCUAAAUUGCUGGAAAUGUUGAGUCCUUUAAGGCCUGAACUGAGGCAGAUUUAUUUGAGACUCUUGAUAGCAUUAAAGUCAUCACGAUCAGUGGCUACAAUGACCGCCGAAAGUAUGCUUGAUUUUGUUAAUGGUCUCCAAGAGGAGCUGCUAAGUUCUGAUGCCAGUUUGAAAGUUACCUUUGAUGAUCGAAUUUCGUGGCUACAACAAGGACUUUCUUCCAUUUCUGGAUUUCUCGAUAGCAUAGUAUUAGAAAGUACUCCACUCGAAGAAUUCAAUUCUAUUCAAUCACAUAUUGAAGCUCUGGCCAUUGAGGCAGCAAUUGUGAUCUACUCCUCCUAUGAUAAGGAAAUGACUACUGAAAUGGACCAUGUGUCUUUUCUUUUUCAGCUCAAGUUUAAUCAUGUCAAGCUAGAAAUCCAUCUGAUUCAGAUGAUAAACGGUGAAGCUAUAAUAGCUCCUCUAAGAGAUCUGAUUGAUUAUGUUCGGGAAAAGUUGAUAUUUUUGAGAACUUUUCUAAUGGAUUUAUUGGAGCAGUGCAAGGAGCAUACUAAGAUGACAGAUCUUUUGACCCUAAUUCAAUCUGUGACCACCCAAGCAUGGUCAGUCAUUAAUUCUCUUUCUCAUGACUCAGACCACAAACUCGUGGCCACGAAAAUUAAUCCCUUGCACUUCCAAUUGCUUCUUAAGUUCAAGUUUAUUAAAGCAGCGAUUAGACAGAUAUGUCCCAGCAUUUCUGAAUCAUCAACAUCGAACCAUCCUACAAUAAAUCUGCUGAAUUUUCUUCCUAUUAACUUUGAGGUCAUUGAUUCCUAUAUGAGCAUGCUAAAAUCCUCAAAGACGUCAUCCUCGGAUAUCCCUAUGAUUCAUGAGUUUUUUAUGGGGUUUCAUGAAUACAUUCUUGACAACCUGCUCCUGAAGGAUGAAACUUAUUCGACAUUUAUUGUUGCAGAUCAGAUUAAAAAGUUUUUCCAUGGGUUGCUGCUCCUGGUAACAUAUCUUUUUGAUCCUCUAGUUCAGGGAAUUGGAUGCAUGAAGCAGAAUGAUCUCUUGACAGGAUUCGGAGCUAUGGUAGUUCAGGCUGAAUCUGCUAUCUGUUUAAUUUAUGAGGAUGCUGUAGAUAGCAACAAAAGUAGGAAGGUCAAUCUUGUUCUUCAGUUUUUGACUAUUGCUUUCAAGCUUAUUGAAUCUGAGCAAAGUUUUACGGAUCUACUAAAGCACAAAGCCACUUUGAAAGCUCAAAUUCUGGAUCUGAUUGAAAGUGCUAAUGAAGAUCUUGUUUUCCUUAGAGCUUUUCUCAUGGAUGUUCUCACGCAACAUACAGAGCUUAAUGAAUUGCAUGGUCUCUUGAAGCAUGCUGAAGCGACUGCCCACAAAUUAGCACAAAUCAGUGGUUCUUGUUAUGAAAGUUUCAUUGACGGAAGCAACACUGAGAGGAUGAGGCUUUCUUUAUCUGAUUUGCUACAAGAGAUCGACUCUGUCAAGGUAGAGUUCAGAAAAGUAUGCUUUCAACACCUAGAUGCAUCACCUUGCAACAUGAAGGAUGGAGAAGGCCUUAUUAAUUUCUUAUUAGACCACCAGGACGGGCUGCUCCACUGUGAUGCUUGUUCAAUCCCUUUUCUGAAGAAUCAGAUCCCAAUGGUCAAAGACAAGCUAGUGUCUUUGGGCUCUUUCCUUGCAGAUAUUGUACAGUAUCGGCAUAUGCAUCAAGAGAUCAAAGACCUUCUGAAACGUAUUCAAGAUAGAAAGUAUGUCUGUCUCUUCCCCAUCAGGGAUUAUAGACCCACAUGGUAUUACAUGUUAUAUCUUUCUGAUGUCAAGCAAUUGCUUAAGUUUGUUGAGGCAGAGGUCAAAAUGAUUUGUCUCAAAGUUCCAGAUUCAUCAAAUUAUAGCUUCCCCAAGACGAAUGGAUUAGGAUUUCUCAAUUGUUUCCUAGGAAAAUUGGAGGAGCUGUUAAAUUCUAAGCUCGAUUCAAUUAUCAACCUAAAGCUUCAGAUUGGAUCAGUCAAAGAGGGCUUAUUAUGUCUAAGAUUGUUGAUUGGUCAUUUUGCAGAAAGUGAUUAUGAGCAUAAUGAAGUUUAUACAAGUGUUACUGAAAUGGCAUACAAGGCAGAGUUUGUCACUGACUUGUGCUUGACCUGUUCUCAUCCACUCUGGUACAAAGUUCUUUGGAUUUCCGAAGUUGUUCAGAAUAUUAAGCUCUUAAUUGAAGUUGUCAGGGAGACUUGUGAAAGAAAGAAGAUUGAUGAUACAGUGCCAGAAGUUGCAAAGACCUCCGCUAAUGCGUUGCUAUAUUUAUCCGCUAAUCCUCCAAGAGAAAAUGAAGAAAUAGAGGCAUUUCUGGAUGCGACGAACAUACUAAAGAAGCAGCUACUGGAAGGAUCACCUCAGCUAGAUGUUAUCUCAUUGGUCGGCAUGCCUGGAAUCGGUAAGACUACUCUUGCCGAGAAGAUUUAUAAUGAUCCAAUAGUCACCUCUCACUUUGAUGUCCGUGCUCAGUGUCGUGCGACUCAAGUAUAUUCAUGGAGAGACUUGUUGCUAACCAUUAUGAAUGGUGUGCUUGAACCUGCUGAUCGUAAUAAAAAGGAAGAUGGCGAAUUAGCUGAUGAGCUACGUAAAUUCUUGUUGACCAAGAGAUUCUUAGUUCUCAUCGAUGACGUGUGGGACAAUGAAGUGUGGGACGAUUUGCAUAUGUGCUUCAAAGGUGCUCGUAAUAGGAGUAGAGUUAUUUUAACAACCCGACUGAACAGCGUUGCUGAUCAUGCUAAAUGUGAAAGUGAACCCUAUCAUCUCCGUUUAUUCAGUGAUGAUGAGAGUUGGGCAUUAUUACAGAAAGAGGUGUUUCGAGGGGAGAGCUGUCCACCUGAACUUGUUGAUGUGGGGUUUCGAAUAGCAAAAUGUUGUGGAGGGUUGCCUCUCUUCAUUGUAUUAGUUGCUGGUGUUCUGCAAGAGAAAAAGAAAAAAAUGGAAUUGUGGAAAGAAAUAGAAGAAAGUCUAGGUUCGCAGAAUAUUGGUAGCUUGGAAGAGACCAUGUCUAUGAUUGGAUUCAGUUACAAGAAUUUACCACACCAGCUAAAGCCUUGUUUUCUCUACUUUGGCGGACUUUUGAAGGGCAAGGAUAUUCAUGUCUCAAAAUUGACUCGGAUUUGGGUAGCUGAGGAGUUUGUACAAGCAAAUGAGGAAGAAGGGCCAGAAGAUGUUGCACAAGGUUUCUUGGCAGAUCUUAUUAGUAGAAAUUUAGUGAUGGAUGUGGAGAAGAGACCCAAUGGCAAGCUGAAAACGUGCCGCAUUCAUGAUCUGUUGCAUAAAUUCUGCUUGGAAAAGGCCAAACAAGAGAAUUUCUUUCGCCGUAUCAAUAGAUUCAGUGGAGAGGAUAUAUUUCCCGAAAAGCCUAAGGAAUACCGGUUGUUUGUUCACUCUUAUGAGGAUCAGAUUGAUCUAUGGCAGCCAUCUCACUCAAAUGUUCGCUCUUUACUAUUCAAUGUGAUUGAUCCGGGUAACUUUUUAUGGCCGUGUGAUAUCUCCUUCAUCUUUAACAGCUUCAAACUUGUUAAAGUGUUGGAUUUAGAAUCACUAAACAUUGGUGGGACUUUUCCCAGUGAAAUACAAUCCUUAAUUCAUUUGAGGUACUUUGCUGCUCAAACUGAUGGAAACUCAAUUCCUUCAUCUAUAGCUAAGCUUUGGAAUCUUGAAACUUUUGUGGUUAGAGGAUUGGGAGUGGAGAUGAUAUUACCUAGUUCAGUUCUUAAGAUGGUUAAAUUGAGGCAUAUACGUGUAAAGCUUCGUGCUUCAUUUAGUUUAUAUGAGAACGUAGGUGAAUCACUUGCUGACUCUAAAUUAGAUAAUCUGGAAACCUUUUCUACUCCUCAUCUUGCUUAUGGUGAGGAUGCAGAGAUGAUAUUGAGAAAGAUGCCAAAAUUGAGAAAGUUGAGUUGCAUAUUUUCAGGAACAUUUGGUUAUUCAAAGAUAGUGAUGGGAAGGUGUGUUCUUUUUCCCAGAUUAGAGUUCCUAAGUCACCUCGAAUCCCUCAAGAUUGUUUCCAACAGUUGUCCAGCUAAACUUCCACAUGUCUUCAAUUUCCCCUCAAGACUAAGAGAAUUGACUUUGUCAAAGUUUCGUCUACCUUGGAACCAAAUCUUGAUCAUUGCAGCACUGCCUAACUUGGAGACUCUAAAGUUACUUGUCAGAGCCUUUGAAGGGGAUGAAUGGGAAGUGAAUGAUUCAGAUUUCCCUGAACUCAAAUACUUAGAGUUGGACGAUCUCAAUAUUGCACAGUGGUCUGUCUCCGAGGAUGCUUUUCCUAUGCUUGAACAUUUGGUCUUAACGAAAUGUAAGCAGCUUAAGGAAAUCCCUUCUCCAUUUGAUUACGCUAUAUCUCUAAGAAGAAUUGAAGUAAAUUGGUGCAGCUGGUCUGUUGCCAAUUCAGCCAUGGAAACUCAAAGAGCGCAGCACGAAGACAUGUCAAAUGAUGCAUUCACAGUUAUUAUACACCCUCCAGAUUGGACUAGAGGAUCAUCUCCUUGACCCUUAUCUAGUAUGUUCUCAGAGUGUUCAUCUGAGUAUAUUUCCACUCAUUCAUUUUCCUUUUACACCAGAAAACAUUUUACCUGUUACACUUAUUUCAGUUAUCUGCUCUUAUUGAAAGAAACUAAAAAAAAAAAAAAGGUUAUCUGAUUUAUUCUUGAAUCUGAGUGCUAAGAUUUGUUCAAGUUUUUAUGAGUACUGCACCAUGUCUGCUGAGUGUUCGAUAUACCCUUCAUAUAUCUCGUGAAUUUUCUGGUAAGGAAGGAGAUUUGCAAUAAAAGAAUUGAAACGGAAUUUUCCUAUCCAUUUUUCUUGGUGGACGUUUCAUUCAGUCUUGCAAGCAAAAGAUGGAAGAGGACCUGCAAGGUGGAUUUUUUGUUGAGGAUUUUCAGCAAGAAUUGAAGUGAUCGAAUAAAUGUCAACAGUGAUUUAUGAUGAAACUUGAUGAUAAGCCACGUAUAUUUCAUACUUAUUCAAGGAGGAAGAAGCAAAGAAAUAUAGAAAUCCUGGAGGAUUGAGCAGUUACUUAAUAAGUUACUGAAAGUUAUCUGCUAGGCAGUUUCUUACAGUUACUAGAAGUUAUAUGUUCCUAUCAUAAAUGUAGUUUAGUAGUUAUGGGUCAUCCUAUUAUAUAAAUAAUGCAUCUUAGUAUUGUAGGAUGGUAUGGUAACCAUCUAUUGUAUGCAGACAGAUUAUUCUAAGAGAUAUGAGAUGCUUGUGUCUCUUUAUUAGUAAAA